AAGAUAAUGAUAAACAAGAGAACAGAUGAGAAAAGAAGUAAGCUGAAGAAGAAAAAAGAAUGGCAGCUGAAGGAGUGAGCUUGAACCACAUAUCUCGAGAGUCCACUGACAUACAACGCCUUGCUCAAUUCUAUCAAGAGAUUUUUGGGUUCGAACAAGUCGAAACCCCCGACUUCGGAGAUUUCAAAGUUGUUUGGUUGCGCCUUCCCUCUUCUUCUCUCUAUCUUCACCUCAUCGAACGCAAUCCAACCAACAACCUCCCUGAAGGUCCAUGGAGUGCCACCUCACCCAUCAUUGACCCUUCCUUUCUUCCCAGAGGCCACCAUCUUUGCUUCUCCGUCUCGAAUUUCGAAUCUGUUCUCCAAACACUCAAGGACAAGGGUAUCGAGACUUUUCAGAGGUCCCUGCCUGAUGGCAAGAUCAAACAAGUUUUCUUUUUCGACCCUGAAGGUAAUGGUUUGGAGAUAGCUAGCAGGGAAGACUCGUAG